UGAUAAUGAACAAAUCUGGAUAAUUAAAAUGCAAUUAGCAGAAGAUGAUAAUCAUGCUUUGAAGAAGCUUUUCAAUCAAUUGAAGGCAGAUUAUGGAGGUGGUGAGAAUGAAACUAAUCUUCAAUCUUUCGGUGAUGUACUGCAACAUAUGGGAAAAUAUGAUUCGGCAGAGAAAAUAUAUUCCGAUCUACGCAAAACGUAUUCUCCUGAUGAUACAUCAUUUUCUCAUUUAUGUUUCUCAUUUGGUAUGCUAUAUAAAGAAAGAAAGGAUUAUGAUCGUAGUCUACAAUGGUUUCAGAGAGCGUUGGAUAGAAAAAUUCGUACGGAACCAUCUGAUUUUGUCUACAUUGGUGGUCUAUACUGUUGUAUUGGGAAUAUUCAUAUGGAAAAGAAUGGUUAUAAUGAGGCAAUAAAAUGUUAUAAUACAGCAAUGGAUUACUACAAGUGCGCGAAUGCUACAAAUCAUCCAUAUGUAGCUUCUUUGUAUCAUGGUAUUGCUCGUAUUUGUUAUGCUCAAAAGCAAUAUUCAGAUGCAUUGGACUAUUAUCAACGUUCAUUGGCUAUUCAAAAGCAGCAUUUACCUUCAAAUCAUCCAGAUAUGGCUAUAAAUCAUACUGGCAUAGGUGAUGUUUAUCGUAGUGUUGGCAAGUAUCAGCUUGCCAUGAACAAUUAUAAAACGUCGUUCGAUAUUAGAAUGAAAUCAUUACCUCCUCAACAUCAAGACAUUGGUUCAAGUUAUAAAAGCAUUGGUCUAUUAUAUGAGACAAUGAAUAAUUUGAAAGAAGCAUUAGAAUAUUAUAAAAAAGCAGAGAGUAUCUAUCGUCAAUCAUUGUCCGCUCAACAUUCAAAUGUAGUUGAAAUUGCUAAAGACAUUCAACGUGUGAUAUCAAAACUGAAAUAA